GAAUGCGUAGGAGAGCAGAGCAAUUCCAUGCAAUCCGAUGCUCCAAUUGCAGAUGCCACGGACUUUUCCAGAGUUUUGCAUGUUUCAUACAUCCGCAGGCAAACAUUUCUGGCUCGACUCUAUUUGCUCGAGAACUUUGGACAGGUGACAUGGACAGUCGGUCAGUGGCGCAGAGGAAGCUUGAUGCUCUGCUGCAGAAAGUCCGUCGUGAAACUGAUGAGAAGAAGCAGCUGCAGAUCUGGACAGCCGAAGCAACAAAAAUCAUGAGAGCUUGGAAGAGCAAGCCUCAAUAUGCCACGUCAACAUUGUUCUUUUUGGCAUCCAGCCUGCGAACUUCUGCACUGGCAUCACACACCUUGGAGCUAAUGCAUUCAUAUGGCAUUGCGAGGAGUAUUGUUCACUAUACCACAGUGAUCUCAGUACUUGGACGACACUCAGACUGGCAAGGUGCUCUUGAUUUGAUGCUUCACUUGCCGGAGGACGUUGAUGCAAAUAUCAUCACCUUUAAUAGUAUGAUUAGUGCCUUUUCCUCCGCACAGCGGUGGACCCUGGCCUUGCAGAUUGCUGGUAUGGCCUCGACAGGUGGGGUAUCAUUUGACAUGAUCACAAGGAAUUGCUGCUUGGCAGCUUGUGACAAAGGUGAACAAUGGCAGAUGGCAUUUUCUCAAAUCAAGGGCCUUACAACGACCAAGCUAGAAGUCGACACCAUCAGCUGCAAUUCCUCUUUAAGCUCCCUACAGAGUGUGCUUUUUUGGCAACUUGGUCUAAGUUCCUUUGAUCGCAUGAGAUCAUCAUUUGCACAUCCUGACCAAUUCUCAUGCAGCUUGCUGAUUGGGACUUGCCAGCAUUCAUGGGCAAGGGCCUGUGAGGAACUGCGGAGGAUGCCAUUAUGCCGCAUUGCUUUGAAUGAAGUGGUUUGUGGCACAUCGAUGAACUGCUUUGAAAAAAAUACGGGCUGGCAGAGACCGAUUUGCUUUGAUACACUUUCUUUGUGCUUUCCCCCCAGCACACGCACAUUGACCUUUGUAAUCCUUCGUGCAGUCAUUGCCUGUUUGCGAAACGCAAAACAGGCUCGAUUUGACUGAUUAUAUUUAUAUGCUUAUUUCAACUUUAAGUGUUUUCCUGACCAUUUUCACCGAAUCGAAGGCAGGUGUCAGUUCACCUCGUUGACGGGAUGAUAUCUCAACGAGUAAGGGCCAAUGCCUACAUCCGUAAUUCUGUUCUCUCAGCGUUGGAAAGAGCCUGCAGCUGGCCAGAAGCUAUAGCAUAUUUCCAUCAGAUUCCAUCACCAGACGAAGUGACCUUUGCUGCAUGCAUCAGCGCAUACGGCAAAGGCAGUCAGUGGGAACAUGCCAUUCGUUUGCUUGAUUCAAUGGCAAAGCAAAUCGUCUUGCCCAACACUGUGAUUUGCAACGCUGCAAUGGAUGCAUGUGCAAACGCAGGGCUUCGGGUCGUGCUUCCCUUGAUGGAGGUGCAGAAGGAAUCCGAUACCGUUACAUACAACAUCCUCAUCAAUGUUUGCAGCAUUGAUGGAGAGUGGCAGCUUGCAAUCCAUUUUUUAUUUGAGAUGCGUGAAGAUCAAUCACCAGACGUUAUUAGCUUCAAUUCUGCCAUCAGUGCAUGUGAGAAGACUGGGCAGUGGGAAUGUGCUGUGGCUUUGCUAUCUUGCAUGCUUAAUGAUUCGAUUGAACCCAAUCACAUCACGUUGAGCUCAGUUUUGAGUGCCUCAGUAGGUCGCUGGGACGUUGCUUUGUCCUUGUAUAGUUCCUUGACCCAAACAAAUCUUGUCCCCAAUGCCAUUGCAUGUAAUGCUUUACUGGCCACCUUUGAAGCUGGAGGCCGGUGGUGUUGGGUGUUGAGCUUGUUUGAGGACAUGGCUCAGCUUGAACAAGUUGACGCCAUCACCUAUAGCCUUGCUCUUACUGCAUGCCUAAAGGCGAUGCAGUGGCAAAGGGUUCUCGAGAUCCUCCCCAAAGGCGGUGAAGCUUUGGACGUGUAUUCUUGCAAGGCUGCCAUCGGUGCUUGUGCAAUAGGUGCCCAAGCGAUGUUUGCCAUGCCCCUUUUGGAGAAAGUCUCCUUCCUUGGAUGCGUCAUGCUGCAAACAUGUGCAA